AUGGAUUAUACAAUUGAUGACACUGUGCUGUUCUAUGCCGUUAUCAAGAACGUCAAACAUGUAUUGAAACUGAUAAAAGCAUUAGAAAUCAAAAAUGUGGUCUCCUUGUACAUUCAUGAUGAGGGCAUCAUUCUGACAGUAGAGGAUCAGCGAGCAGUGAAAGCAAUGGCCUACUUCAAGCUGCACUUAUUUCAGAUAUUCAAUUUGAGAGAGGGCGUCAAUGUGCCUGCACUCGGUCUGCCAGUUGAUGUUCUCAGUAACGGCCUUCGAAUUAUGCUCCCUGCUUCAGAAAUGGUCAAUAUCUUGCAAGGAGCAAACGACUAUUGUGAAGUGAUAUAUGAUGGCACAGGCUCGUAUGUCACAUUAAGACGUUUGAUCCGUGAACCCAAUAGCCAACAACAUCAGACUAUGAAAUGCGAAUUAAUACCCUUUGAGCCUGACGAAGAAAGCACUCAACUGCAGUUUGAGGAUUCUUCCAAUGAAGAGUCUCAAAGAAUGAUUAUGAAAUCUGUCUGGUUCAAGGAUUUGAUGAAUGAUCUGGAUUCUGGAUACAACAAAGUCAGUUUAACCAUGUCACCAAAUGAUCCACCCUUUCGAGUGGUUGCUGAAGGCACUGAUCUACUCACUGAAGCUGAUUGUCCUCAAGAUUCCGAGCCGUUCAUCAAUUUUGUAUGUAAUCGAGAAUUGACAUUCAGCUACCUCUACGCCCAUAUUGUGCAGUGUAAGCGAGCACUCGAUUUGUCAAAUGAAGUAUCACUCGAGAUGUACAAUAAUGGAGCAUUGCGAUUAUUUUUUCAAAUUGAAGGACCCCUUGGCAAACUCGAUACAGUUCAAUUCAAUUUUCUUCCAUCAACCAAUAUUACCUAA